AUGAUAGGGACUGGAUACAAUAGCUCAUGCCGCUGGAACGACAAUGCUGCGUCUUUGAGUUGGGGCGCUACGGAUGAUUUCGAGGAUAUGAAUUACUACAACGCGGUCUUUCUUGAGGAUAUGAAGCUGAUCAACUGUGGCGCAGACCAAACGAAAAGCUGGGCUAUGCCGAGCACGUUCAAUGAUGUGCCCUACUAUCGAGGCUGGGAGGCUAGGCGUCCAGAUCUUGUGGCGAAACCGGCCGCGAAGAAGUAA